AUUUCCGAUGGCAUUAACUAAAUAAUUCAAAGUCAGCAAAAUAUCGAUUUCGUUUUGUUUUUUUUCAAUAAUUAAUUUGCAUUGACAAGUUUAGAUCUAGAUGUGACAAACACUACUUUCCAUGGCCAGUAACACUGAAACUACUGAUUGUAAAAGUAUUACAAAAAAGAAAAUAUUUUUAUUUAAGAGUCCAAAAGAAAAUGAAGUCGACAAAUAUACAGAGAGUUUAGAAAGUCAUGGAAUGUCUUGUAUACCUUUACCAGUUCUAUCUUUCUGCUUCGUAAAUCAGCAGCUUCUGAAAAGUUAUUUGUCAGCCAUUCAAUUAUUUUCUGCAAUAAUAUUUACAAGUGUACGAGCUGUGGAGUCUGUAGCUAAUGUUAUGAAAGAACUAGACGAUGUUUAUAUGUUGACUCAAAUAAAAACAUAUGUGGUUGGGAAAACAACAGCUGAAGCUGCUAGAAAAUGUAACUUCAACCCUGUUGGUGAAAACAGUGGCAACGCUGAAGCUCUGACACAGCUUAUUUUACAAGAAGUAAAACCUGGUGAACAAAAACCAUUGCUUUAUCCAUGCUCGAAUAUACAUCGUGAUACACUCACAGAGGCCUUUACUACUCAUGGCAUUGCAUUUACAGAAGUAAUUUCCUAUGAGACAUGUCCUAAUAAAGAUUUAAAAAACUCUCUUUUAGCAGCUCUUCAUGAUACGGGUUUACCUGACUAUACUGUGUUUUUUAGUCCAUCAGGAUUCCAAUAUGUUCACACAUUGUUGGACAGCAAUGAGUUUCCCUUGAAUGAUACUAAGAUAAUAGCAUUAGGACCUGCAACUUACAAAGCUAUCUGUGAUUUGGAAUUCACUCCCUUUGGAAUGGCAGAGAAACCAGAUCCUGAGAGCUUGUUGAAACUUCUGUUGUAAAACUUCUGCUAAAUAUGUCAUUGUUGAUGAAAAUAUUAUUUGCUAAAUUAGCCUAAAUUUUAAAAUGUAUUAAUGAGCAACAAGGAAACAAACUAGAAAUUUAAAAAAUAAUUUGAUAGACCACAAAAAUAAUUUGGUAGUAAGAAGGGGGCUAAUGUUAAAAAAUGUCAUAUUUUGACAAAAUAAUGCUACUUCAAUAACUAAGUAACAUUAGUUAUAGAUCAAUCUCUUUUCAAAUUCUGUUUACUAUGCUUUCUUGAAUUAUCUUUAUUUUUUUUUCUUUGAAUAUUAUUUUAUGUCUUCCAUAAUUAAAUUGAUGCAUGUGUUCUAUUAAUCAGCAUUUCUUAUCAAACCUUUUACAAAAUGGCUAGGUAAUGAAGUAUGGAUAACUAUUCCCUAUUGCUAAAAAAUUUACAUUUUUACUUGCAAUGUGAUAAAUUUCAAUUGACCUCAACAUAGGUAUCAAACACCAACUGGUCACUGAAGCGAAUAGACUGCAUCUUCUGCAUAUACUUCACUGCCUCAAAGGAAAUUUGUAAAUUUUAAUGCCAUACUAGAUUGGAUAAGUGGCAAGAAGGAAUACUAGCUUAAAAAUGAUCCCUCUUUACAAGGGAAAGAAAAAUUAACUCAAAAACUGUUUAUGAUGGCUUAUAUAAUAGCAAUCCUCUAAAAUGAAAAGGUCUCAAAACUUUCAGUUCAUGUUGUCAAGUAAAAAAAAAAAUGUCUUUAAUACUAUUGCUUUUUCUGGUGUGGUAGCUGUUUUAAUAGUAUCAGGUUUAGUAUUCUCAACAACCUCUUCUUAUUUGCCACAUUUGGAACUGUAAGCAAAUCAGGGUUUUGGAAUAUCACUUAUAUACUCAAGUGAACUUACUAAGUUAUAAAGUUACAUGCAUGCUGUGAUACAACCAGUUUCUUCCUAUUUUGAUUUCAUCUUCCCCCCCCCCCCCCCCCCUUUUAUAUGCCUUCAAUGGGCAUGUCAUAAUUUUUACUACUUUUAACCAGUUUCAAUGAAAAACUUGCUACUACCUUACCAGAAAUGGAUAAAACCUCUCAUUUUUAGAGUUAAGUGUGUGGUAGAGCAUGUCCAUUCAAAAUGCACAAAGUAACAUUAUUGAUUUGAACAUUUUUAUUUCAGUGUUAAUACAAUCUACUGUUACAGACACUCUCAUGAAAAAUAUAAGAAUUUUGUUUAGUAUAGAAGAGAUUGUGGCUAAAGUUGUAAUUUUUUUUUUAAUCUUUACAUACAUUUUUGGUUGUCAAUAAUUUUACUACUUUGGUGCUCUAAUACUUAUGAACUAUGCAUGUUGAACAUUGUUGUUUUAAAAAAUCCAAGCACUUGUUUUUUUGUUUGGCAAAAGUUUAUGAAUGGUAUUAUGUACAUAUAAUAUUUAAAUAUAUUUGUGAAAAUCAAAUAAAAAGUUUAAUUCAAUAAA